CCCUUUAUCAGCACUUGCUGCAGGUAGCAGAUCCUGAAGUAAAAGUACAAACACCACACUGUGAAGAGUGUUCGAGCAAAGAGAGCAAACCUACCAAAAUAAAUAUAUUUAUACAAAUACAUACAUUGAAUAAUAUGCCAUUUAAUGUACUGAUUUAAAUAUGACCCAUGCAUGUGGGCACUAGUUGGUUAAAAGUGACAUACAUUGAUACUUUAGUUUUAAUGUUCUUCUUUAUUCACCUUUUCUUUUUAAAUGUGUAAAAGCAAAUAAAAACAAAUACUUUGGAUUCAUUCAAAUUGCGGGAGAAUAAUUCAUAAAGAAAUCAAUGAAUAAAUAUUAGGGAAGCUCCGAUCGAUCGGCCACCGGACGAUACUCACUCUCUACCAAUCGAUCGGGCUCUCAGGGGAGAGAGCGCUUCCGCUCAUUUCUCCCGUGUUAUUAUCCACAGUUAAUGUAAACCUGAAUACUGUACUUCAUUUGAAUGUAAUAAUUAUGUUGGUUGUUGUUUGUGUAAGCGCCAGUGAAUGAGCCCAUUAACUGAGUUUUAAACCUCACUUUAAGACCCCGGCCACAUGAGGACGAAAACGGCUAAACGCAUAGGAUUAACGCAAUCGCAAACAAGCUUCCGUCCACACGCAAUAGUUAUCCGGAUAGUGUCUGCCCACACGAUAAUGCUCCGUUUAGCUCCAACCGCUGGAGAAGCUGCAGUACAUAUGCAGGAGCCUGUACGUGGCGCUGUAACUUCCUCCACAAAAGCAGCGAGUAUAAAGUUCCCCCCCCGGAUGUGUAAGGCACCAAACAAACAAGGUAGAAGAUGGCUGAUGCAAGAAAAGAUCUGUUUUCUUGGACUGAUGAUGAGGUAGAACUUCUACUUAGGAUCACAUUAUAAUACAAAACGACUAAAAUACAGGAGAAUGUUGACUGGGAGUCCUGCAAGUCAAAGUAUAGCGAUAUAGUCGAUUUAUUUCAGGCGCAGUAUCCGACGACCGACACAGGGAAGGAUUUCCCUCACCGCGUGGGCGCCAUUACAAAGGCCCAGCUUGCCGCCAAGCUAAAACAAAUCCGCAUGAAGUACAGGCAUGCGGUGGACACUGGGCGUCGGAGUGGCCAAGGACGUGUUGUGCUCAUGUUUUUUGAGCUAUGUGAAGAGGUCUGGGGUGGCUCGCCUGCUACGCGCAGCCUUACGUCGGGCAUGGAGACGGGUGACCUGGAAGAGUCGUCUACUUCACCUCGGAGUUUGGAGCGUUCCAACGAUUUGCCAGAGUCGAGCGAAUCCAGCGGAAGUCUGCCAGCUGCUGCGGUUGUACAGCAUCGCAGGGAUCUGCUCCAGGUGCAGCUGAACGGCCACAGAAGUGACCGCCUGAGGAGAAAACUUCCAGCUGACCAUGCCAUGCAGGAGGACCUCAAACUAAAAAGGAGGAUGGUGGAGCUAAUGGAGCAAAAUCAACAAACAUCCAUCCGCAACGCGGAAAGCCUUCAGCAGAUGAAUGAUAACAUUCGGGAGGGCUUUUCCCUGAUGAGGGAAUUCAUGCAUGCGCAACCCCACAGUAGCAGCGGUGGACAAUUCCCGGGACAGUCACCGUACCUGCAUAGAAGUCCACAGCCUGCCUACACACCAAACCCCUCUACACCACACCUGCACACGAUGACCUCUGACCCCCCACGGCAACCAUCUCAGUUUUCCUACAGGCAGUCACUCUUUCCAGAAGACUAUUAAAGCACCGAGCUUUAGUGAAUAUGUUUGUCCCUAUUUGUGUUGCCAGUCAAGGUGUUCUAUUCCUUGUUGCACUGUGAACAUGUACAAUGUGGACAUUAUAACUCUUUCAAAUGUUCUUAAUAAAAAAAACUUGCAAAAUAACAGUCUUGUCUUUCAUGUCAAUGUACUCCGCAAGCACUCUUUACUGUCUUUCCCUCAUUACAGUCAGUGAGAUAUCUAUUACUGGCCAAGUUGACUAAUAAAGCAGUGAGCUUCAGUUUUUUGCGUUGUAAGCCAGUUGUUUAAUCCAUAAGAACCCAGACCCGUUUCUACUUUUGGGAACAUUAAGGAGAUAUAGACCACAUUUCUGAUAAAUAACCCCCCCCUAGUGUCAAAUAUCUGAAAUGUCACAGUGGGCUUUAAUGGUAAAAUAACUCAUAACUUCAUUAAUGAGGAUGCUUUUUUAGUUUAAAUUGGUUUGAACAUUGUUUGAACUGAAGAAUAAAGGAUAUAUUAACUUAAUAUAAUUGAAUCAGCUAAAUUAACUGAGCAGAUCAUAAUCAUAUUUUUAAUCGUGCAUAUAUGUCACUCCAAGUCAGGAUGGAACAUCAGUGUCACAGCGAUGUUUGUCUCAUUGGUUGUUUCAUAUCAAUUUGACCAAGACAUUUUAUUAUAUUAUGGGAACACAAUAUCACAUGUCCUGGACCAUGACCCACCAGACUGUUCAGUGUUAGGGACUUCAUGAGAUUGUGGGAGGGAGGCGUGAGAGUGCUUAUCAUGAACAAUUAAUUGUGAUUUUAUCAGAAUCUUAAUAAGGGGUUGUGUGAUAUUAAUAUUGCAUGAGCCUCUGCUUAGAUGUAAAACUGUAUUAUAUUGUAUAAAAACUGUAUUAUAUUGUAUAAAAAAUCCCAACAUGAUAGUUAAAAAAGAAUGUCUCCCUCCAAUAUCAUUAAUAAUAUCUCAACAGCAAUAUCAGUCUAAAUAGAAUGAACUACUUAUGUUUUACAAAUCAUUUAGACCUACUUAGAGUACUAAAAUGUGACAAAGAAACUAUAUCAAAGCCCCCCUUCUAACCCUCAGUAACACUUAAUAUGUUUCUCCUUUAAAAACUUCAGCAACAAACUGUUAGCCAGCCUGUUGUUGCGUGUGGCAGAAAACCCCACUGCACAUGUCGUUGUGUCCCUGAGACGCUUCACCCCAAAUUGCUCCUGUGGGAAUUGCCCACAGUAUUGAGUAUGUAAGUCGCUUUGGAUAAAAGCGUCUAACAAGUGACAUGUAAUGUAAUGAGAUAAAAUAAAGGCUAAAGCUUUAUAAGGAGCUUUCCAGACCAUUAAAGUUCAUGUGACACCGUGCCACGUUGGGUCCUUAUGGGAAAGUAUAAAUAUAUGAUACUGCGUUUGCACAUUUGUUGCACUUUAUGUUCAAAGAAAGUCUGGAAGUAGUUGCAGCCAAUUUUAUUUUUAAUUUCACACUUUGAACAUUGGAGAAUCACAUAUUUUGUAGCGUAAUGUUACAUACAUUAAGAAGUACUAAGUACAAAAAAAAAAAAAACUGUCACUGAAGGAGCUGCACAGUGAAUGUAACAAAGAAUGUUUAUUAGAUCUUAACACAGUAACCUUCCCAAAAAAAAUACUACAGAAAGACUGUAAAAAAAAUACAGUCUGUCUUUUAUGUAGUCCUAAGGGUCAAUGUAAGCCGUAAGCACUCUCCUCACUCUCUUUCCCUCCCCCUCAUUACAGUCAGUGAGAUACCUAUUGCUCUGUGUGGGAGGCUGUACAUCCCUUUCACCUUGAAUUAUUCCCACCACAGAUUGAUCAUCCACAGCCUCCUUACUGGCCUCACAAAAAUUGUGGAGGACAAAGCAGGAGUAAAUGACAUGGGGCAGUUCAUCCAUGUUUAUGUCCAUAGGCCUUCUGAGUGCAGCAAAUCUGGCCUUGAGGCGACCAAAAGCACACUCAAUGACCAUACGUGCCCUACACAAAGUUAGCCCAAAGUACUGUUCCUGAACUGUGGAGCCACCGGUUGCAUAUUCCUUCAUCAGGUACGGCAGCAGCGGGUAGGCUGGAUCCCCAAGAAGAUAAAUUGGUAUGGCCUCCUCCUCAUCCACAAUCCGUUUUCUCAGAGCAGGGAUCUUUCCAGUUUUCAAGUACAUGUUUAGCUUUGAGUUAGCAAAGACCCGUGCAUCAUGCACACUCCCAGGCCACUUUACCACGACAUCCAUGAAUCGGUACUUGUAAUCACACACGGCCUGUACAUUAAGGGAAUAUCUGCCUUUCCUAUUGAUGUAGUCAGUGGAGUUGUUAGAUGGCUGCUUGAUUUCGAUGUGGGUUCCGUCCACUGCUCCUAAACAUUGUGGCAUGCGAUGCGCACAAUGGAACCCCUCAACCAGAUCCGCGGUCUCGGGCUCAGUAAAAGGCAGCUUGAUAUAUUUUGGACCCAGGUGGAUGGAGAUCGCUCUGCAUGUCUGCCUAAUAAUGAGGGACAAAGCCUGGCGCGAAACCCCGAAGGCGUUAGCAGUCUUCCGCAUCCUUCCCCCAUCGCUCAGGUAAUACAGCAUUAACGCAACCAUUUUCAGUGGAUCAAUCGGUGCCCUCAUGUUUGAGGUUUUCUUUUCGAUAUAUGGGCGCAGUUCUUCGGUCAGGGCGACGACAGAGGCUCUGGACAUGCGGAAGUUCUCCCUCCAUUCAUCAUCCACGACAACGCCAUUGACAAAAUUGUCCCACCAAGUGCUGCUUCUGCCCGGUCUUACCCAAAAUCUUCGCCUGGUUGCCCUUCUGGUUAUUCCCCGCUGUAGUGUUAGCAAUAUGUAGGUCAUGUUCUCCAUGUCCUGUUUUUGCUGAUGGAGGGUCUGCUGUAGAUGUUGCACAAACAACUGUAGCAUGGUCAGUAGCGUCCGGAGCACGAUAGCAACUCUGCGAUCCGCCAUUGUUGUUGUUGUUGUUGGUGGCGAAACACAUCAGCAAUGGCGCGGGGUAAGCGGAGGUGAGCAGAAGAG